AUGUUUCAUAAAACAAAUUCAGCAACAUUACAUCUUCAUUAUGAUAUAGAAAAACCUGGUUAUCAUGGACUUGAUCGUCGACAUUAUCCUGAGAAACAUCGUUUUAGUUUUAGUGAAUCUGUGUAUAAACCAAGAGGGCGUGCUCAUAUACCAUCACCUCCAUUAGAAGAUGAAAAAUGGCGUCCACAUGGAAGAAAUAUCCGACCACAUUAUUCAAAUGUUGGACCUGAUUGGCAUUCUCGUUUACGUUAUAUAAGAUCUCCACAUAAUCCAGAUGCCAAACCUACAUUACCAGUUAGUAUUAUUGAACAAAAUCUACAUUUUGUACGUGCAUAUCCUCAAAAUUAUCAACGUUCAACAAAUGAAUGGACAUAUUUUACUGAUGAAUCUCCUGAUCAUCGUCCAGCAAAACGAAAUCUUUUUGCUAAUAUACAUCUUCGUUCAAUAGAAGAUUUAGGUGAUGAAAAUGUACAUAUGACACAAAUUGGACAUAAAAGAAAAGUAUAUGAUGUACGUAAUGGUCUUCCAAAAAGAUCUGAUGGUGAUAAAAGUUAUCGUCGAGUUGAAUUUGAACCGGAUUUUCAUAAACUUGGUUCAACAUUACCUGCAAUUAAUUUUGGACAUAUGAAAAGUGUUGACGAACUGAAUAAAACAUUUAUACCAAUGAAAAAUGAAACCCUUCAUGUUAUUGAUGAUAAAGAAUUUGAAGAAAAAGAACGAAAACGUGAAUAUGAUGAAAGUAUUAAUGAAGUUCAUCGAUUAGAUAAUUGGAAACCAGCAGAAUGUUUAAAAAGUGCAUUUAAUGUAUUUCCUACAAGUUCAAAAGAUAAACGUGCUGGAAAACGUCGAGGUCAUUUUCGAUAA